UUGAAUACCCUUGUGAGAUGACCAACCCUUAUGAGACAAGCCGGCAAUCUUGGGUGGCUUGUUUCAUUCGUUAUCGUCCAAACGAAUAUUAUUAUGGUGAUGAUGAGAUUAAGAUCAGUGUCGAAGAUAUGUAUGGAGCAAGGUCUGAGAUUGCAACUAUGACGUUCCACAUAAUGCAGAAUAAAUGUACUAAGAAUGGAAAGUGUAUUGGACCUGUUUCUGAUCCAAACUGUACCAGUAUUGCUCGUAGCGAGGGAUUCGAUGAACAAGGGUAUGGAUGUGCCUGUUCAUUGGGAUACGAUGGGCAGUACUGUGAAAAUGACUUUGAUGACUGUUCGUCUAGUCCAUGCCAGAGUAACUACUCAUGCAUUGACCAGGUGAAUAGUCACAUCUGCUACUGCGCAGCUGAUUGGCCGUGUGCCCAGUUACUGUCAGAUACUGAGAUAAUUGGUAUUUCAUUAAGUGUAGUUGCAGUAGUUUUGUUAGCAAUUGUGGUGUUACUGGUAAUGUAUGCAAAACUGAGAAAGGACACCCGUAAAAAAGUGCUCAAGAACAAAGAAUCACAGUUGACCAGUCCUGAUAAAAUGUAUCCUAGAAGUGGACUGUGGUUCUCCGAUGGAGCACCUGACAAGUCUAAACAAUCACUAACUAUAAAGAAUCCAGUUUAUGACUAUGGUGCUACAGCUGAUGAUGACACAAGUGAUGGUCAUGAUAUUAAGGAUCUGUUACAAAAGAGACGAGCACACAUGAAUGAUUAUCUGGAAUCCCCAAUUGCCAAGGAAUAUGAGAUGUAUCCUGAUCCGGACUAUGAUAACUAAUCCUACGUUAUAAUUAUUCAUUGAUUUAAUAUCAAUAUGAAUUAUAUAUAGAGUGCUACUUUUAUUACUAAUUUCAAAACACAUUGUCUCCUACUACCAGUUUUAGAUGGUCUCAUAUUUAAUACUGUCGAUAUGUUGAAGGUCAAUCAUUGUUUUAUUGGACGAAGCAGUGGUUUUACCCCGGUAAUAUCAUCUUUGUUUUUUUGCCAGCAUGGAAAUUCAUUACAGGUGUUACUCAACAAAGCCAUAUUUCUGUUAACUGUGUUUAGAGCUGUACCAGGUGACACUAAAUUCUUUAAGACUAAAUUACGACCAUGGCAGUUGAAUAAAGCCUUUUUUGUUUAACGCCCAUUUAAGACCAGGGUCUGAUCUUAAGACCACCAAAACUGGUAGUGACCUAUAGGAUAACUGUAAUGCUUAAUCCCAUGCAAAGUAUUCUGAUAGAUACACAACAUUUUCAGAGCGAGACUAUGACAAUCCUAUGAUGCAAUUUUCAAUAGAAACUCUGACAACAAAAUCUCAUGAUUAUCACUGACUCAAGAAAUUCACGAACAUUUUAAUAUUACAAUACUAGUAUUCAAAGCGGGGUCUAAUUACAGUGUGUGACAAAGUAAAUAAUUGUUCUCUGCUUCAGAUUUAAUAUUAUGGGUGGGGUUUGUCUGGAACUGCUUUUCAAAUGUUGUAGAUAUUUAGAGUGUGCAUGGUUUCUGAUAUUUGUAAUCAGACAUUUUGUAAUAAUCAAGAUAACAAUUAUAGAAGGUUGAACUCAUUUCAAGUGGACUGUUUUUGGAAUGUUUUUCAAAAAUUGCAUUUUUCCAGGAAUACAUUAUAUGACUACAUAUUUCUAUUCUAGGCCAAAAUAAAAAAUACAGACCAAGAAAGUUGACAUGUCCCGGUAACAUUUAGAGUUUUUCAAGUUGUAUGUUGUAUGAGUAAUUAGACUUGUUUGUGGCAUUUACGUCUGUUGAUAAGAACCUGUUCCGUAUCUCUUUGGCUGGACCAUUGAUGAGAUUGUGUACAAAAAGUUCAUGACCAACAAUGAAAACAAUAUUAUGACCUAAAAAGUUACAUUUGAAUUGAGUUCUGCUUAUUUCAAAUCAUUGUAUGACUAUGUAUAUGCAUAAUAAAAAAGCGUAACACAAUAC